AUGGCCCGUGUGCAUUGCAACAAUUUGUUGGGUUUUCAUUGUGUUGGUAUUGAGGAAGCAGUAGGACACAGGGGUGGCAUUUGGUUUCUAUCUUCUAUUGCUAAUUCUUCUUGUGUGGUUAUUGAUCAAAUUGACCAAUGUAUCACAGUGAAAGUGAGUGUGGGCCAUAAUAAACCAUGGAUGGCUGUUGGUGAUUUUAAUGAGAUUGUAGCACCAGAUGAGAGUACAGGUGCUUAUUUUUCUUCUCACAGAGCUAGUCUAUUAGCUACUACUCUAGAUGACUGUGAGCUCUUUGAUCUUAAAGUGACUGGUAGGAGAUAUACUUGGUAUAGAGCAGUUCAGGCUAGCAGGGACUUGGCUAAAAGCCCCAGAGUGAAAGGUUCUCGUCCUUUUAGGUUCCAAGCUGCGUGGGCAACACAUCCUUCUUAUAAACAUGUUAUUAGUAAGGCUUGGAAUCAAGAGUUUGGAGGCGUUACUGAAAGGCUUAAGAUGGUUCAACAGGCUUCUUUGGACUUCAACUCAAAGAUUUUUGGAAAUAUUUUUGUGCGAAAAAAUAAGCUGGAAUAUCAGAUUGAUCAGAUUCAACGGCGUUUGGAGGUUACCGAUGUGUUAUCUCUGAGAAUUAAAGAAGCUGAACUGAGGGAAGAUUAUAAUAGGCUUUUAUUGCAAGAGGAACUUUUUUGGUACCAGAAAUCUAGAGACCAGUGGGUCAAAAACCAUAAUAGAGUACAUGGAUUAUAUGUUAGAGAUGGGUCUUGGUCUACUGAUCCAGAUGUUCUCCAGGAAGAAUCCCUCUCUUUUUACAAGAAUCUCUUUGGUACAACGGAAGAGGUUGAGGUUGAUUGUUUAGGGGAUGUUCCGAUGCCCACUCUAAGCACCGAGGCUUGUGCUAAGUUAAUUGACCUUAUCUCUUUUGCGGAAGUUAAGUCAGCAGUAUUCAGUAUGAGCCCUUUUAAGGCUCCUGGUCCAGAUGGCUUUCAAGCUUAUUUUUUUAAAGAAUAUUGGGAGAUAGUAGGCACUGAGAUUUGGAAUAUUGUCCGGAGCGCUUUUUUGGGAGAGUUCUUAAAUCCUAGCAUCAUGGAAACUCUGAUUGUGCUUAUUCCUAAAAUUGAUAAUCCUACCUUUAUGAAGGAUUUCAGGCCUAUUAGCUUGUGUAAUGUUGUUUAUAAAAUUAUCACCAAAGUAUUGACUAACCGACUUCGGCCUUUUCUUCCAGAUAUUGUUAGUCCUUUACAAGAAGGUUUUAUUCCGGGUCGUGGUGCUCCUGAUAAUAUUAUUGUGGCACAAGAAAUUCUGAAUUUCAUGAAGCACACAAAAUCCAAGAAAGGGUGGAUUGGAGGUUUUUGGGAGAGUACUCUCAUUGCUUUUGGUUUUCCUAUCAUCACUGUUAAUUUGAUUAUGACUUGUGUCCGUGCAUCCUCUCUUUCUAUUAUGUGGAAUGGGAAUAGAUUGGAUAGUUUUGCUCCUAGAAGGGGGCUUAGACAGGGCGAUCCAAUGUCUCCUUACUUAUUUGUGCUUUGUCUGGAAAGACUUGCCUGCUAUAUAUCUCAUAAGGUGGUCGAGGGUGUGUGGAAACCAGUUUCUGUCACUAGGGGUAGCCCAAAAUUUUCUCAUUUGAUGUUUGCAGAUGAUCUCUUACUCUUCUGUCAGGCUACAAAAAGUCAGAUCAAAUCAAAAUCUCUGUCUCUUCCUUCAUUUUGUUUGCAUUGGGUUUCACCUCCAGUUCAUUCUGUUAAAUUGAAUUGUGAUGCUAGUUGGUUUGCUCCUUCUGGCUAUGCUGGUUUUGGUUGUAUUAUUCGCAAUCCUGAUGGAUGUUGGUUGAAAGGUUGCACUGGAAAAGUCGAAGUGUGCAGUGUUCUUUUUGCUGAAUUGUAUGCAAUUUGGAGAGGUUUACUUCUUGCUUGGGAGAGUGGAUUUCGUGAGGUUAUUUGUGAAACAGACUGUUUAGAAGCUCUUUUCUUGGUAAACCAAAGAAUGCUUAGUAAGGAUAUUCCGGAAUGGGAUUUGGCAAAGCAUAUUCAGGAGGUUAUGAAUUGGAAUUGGAGAGUCUCUAUUCUUUUAAUUCAGAGGACUGCAAAUAGUGUUGCAGAUUGUAUGGCUAAAGCAGCUGCUUCUGUCGCGGAUAUUCACUCGAAUUGGAGCCAACCAUGGAGUGAGCUUCAACAUCUAAUAGAUUUAGAUAUGACCCUAGCCAAUUAA